GGAUUGGACUGAGUGAUCGAGAGAAAGAGGGGACCCACAAGUGGGUGGAUGGUACCCCCAUGACCUCAAGUUGGAGACACGUUAAACCACGCGAUGACGGCGGAGCAAGAGACUGCGUCGUAGCAGGGGAGGACGGCUGGUCUGAAGAACCGUGUAACAGACUGCACCACUGGAUCUGUGAGAAGGUCCUAGACCUGGAUCAUCUGGAGGCUGAGCGGAACAAAGAGGGUUCAGUGAUGCUCACGGAGGAGGAGGAGGAGGCCCCCAGCAUCACAGAGUUCCACUCCUCUACCCACGUGUUGCCCGUGGGCCAAACGGCCCGCUACACCUGCCACGCCGGCGGCACGCCGGAGCCCACAGUAGAGUGGCUCCACAACGGCAGGCCCCUGGAGAGGGACGGCAGAGACGACCAAUCAGAGGCCUGGGUGGAGAGGGGCUUCCUCUUCGUCAGAGGUGGGAGGUACGGCGUGAACACGGUCUGCUGCAUGGCGAGCAACAGCGCUGGCACGGCCAAUCACAGCGCUGAGCUGCUUGUCUUUGAUGCCUGUGACCUCACACUGGACCCCAACACGGCCCACAGAUACCUCUCUCUGUCUGAGGACAACAGGAAGGUGACGGGGGUUGGAGUGGUCCAGUCGUAUCCGGAUCACCCAGACAGAUUUGACUACUGGCACCAGGUGUUGGGUAGAGAGACUCUGACUGGCCGCUGUUACUGGGAGGUAGAGUGGGAAGGAGGGGUUGUUAUAGGAGUGACAUACAGAGGAAUCACAAGGAGAGGAGGGGGUGGUGACAGCGAGCUUGGAGGGAACAACAAGUCCUGGGUUCUUUAUUGUUAUGAUGGUCGUUACUCUGCCUGGUACAACCGUACAGAGACAGCCCUCCCUCUCCCCCCCGCUGGCUCCACCAGAGUAGGAGUGUAUCUGGACCGGCCUGCUGGCUCUCUGUCCUUCUACAGAGUGUCCCCAGGUGGAGGAGGGUCCUCAGACACACUGACACACCUCCACACCUUCUGGUCCUCCUUCACCCAGGAGGACCUCCUCCCGGGGGUGACGGUAGGGAGGUGGGGGUCAGCCUCUCUGUGUCGGUUGUAGAAACAAAAGGGACCUCCUGA